GACGGGGUUAGCGCUGCGGGGAGAAAUCGACCAGCCAGAGAAGAUGCUGCUGGACCUGUCGGAGGAGCACAAGGAGCACCUGGCCUUCCUGCCGCAAGUGGACAGCGCGGUGGUCGCUGAGUUUGGGCGAAUUGCGGUGGAGUUCCUGAGGCGUGGCUCUAACCCCAAGAUCUACGAAGGCGCUGCGAGUAAGAAGGGGGGCGGCACAGCGCUGAAAACUGCGCGGAGAAGAAAACUCAGCGUGAGUAGUGACACUGUCCAACAUGGUGUGGAAGGAUUAAUACACCUCCUUACUGAAAGUUCAAAGCUCAUGAUUUCUGAACUGGAUUUCCAAGACUCAGUUUUUGUUCUUGGAUUCUCUGAGGAAUUGAACAAAUUGUUGCUUCAGCUUUAUCUGGACAACAGAAAAGAGAUCAGAACUAUCCUGAGUGAAUUGGCACCAGACCUUCCCAGUUACCACAGCCUUGAAUGGCGACUAGAUGUACAGCUUGCAAGCAGAAGCCUCAGGCAACAGAUGAAGCCAUCAGUGACUAUAAAGCUACACCUUAAUCAGAACGGUGAUCACAACACCCAAGUUCUGCAGACAGACCCAGCCACCCUGCUCCACUUGGUUCAGCAAUUGGAACAAGCCUUGCAAGAGAUGAAAACAAACCACUGUAGGAGAGUUGUGCGCAAUAUCAAGUAGUCCCCGCUUGUUUUCUUCCCUUAGAAUCACUGGUGAAUUGAUGAUAUGCAGCACUUACUUUUCAAACUAAAUUUUCUAACUGAUAGUGAUAAAUACAUAGAGAUUUCAUAACAUUUCUUUUCCUGUGUGAAGAUACUGAGGUCAUGAUCAAAGGCUAAGUAAACUUCCUUUCCUGGUGCUAAAUGUGGUCAGCUUCUUGACAAUUAAGAUGUAUUUUGUAUUUUAAAUGUGUAAAUAGGAUUGAAUCAACUGGAAGUGAAUCUAUACUAUUCAAAUCCUCUGUAUAUAUAAAUGACUGUAUUUUUUUGAUACUUCUUUUGACUACUUAACUUUAUUAUUUUCCUCCUUAUUGACCUAAAUUUGACAAUAAAGUUCACAAUGUAAU